AUGUUCAAUUUAAAUACUAUGGAAUUGAAUGAUAUUUCUGCUUCCACUGCUAAAAAGGGGAGUAAUUCAAAUAACAUAGUUAGUACAAAGGAAGGUUUGAAUAAUUCCUUAAAUUAUUUCAAUAAUUCCGUGGUUUCUUCUGCUUCAACUAAUUCAAAUAACAAUUCUACUCAUAAUUUAGGAGACCUUCCUUCUAUUCCAAAUACAAGUACAUCUAAUAAUAAUGAGGUAUUUUUACUUGAUCAACCUCAAGCCUUAUCGUGUAAUGGUAGUAGUAGCACCUCCAAUCAAUUAGAUUCUCCUAGAUUUCUUCUACCACCUUUAUCAACUAAUAAUUCUAAUAGAAGUAGUACUAAUAGCACUAAUAGUACCAAUACGACAAAUAGCAAUACUACAGCAACUCCAACACCAACGAACCUUUCUUCUUCAAUAACUAAUACAAGUACAAGUGCCAGUUCUAUAUCAAUGGGACAUCCAUCUGUAGCUAAACAUUCAAGGUUCAAUAAUACUGCUACAAAUCCUUUAGAUUAUGCUAAUAGUAUUGCAUUGGAAUAUACAGCUGUUGCUCCAACCUCGGGUGUUCCCACAAGUUCCAUUACAGAAGUUGAUUCGUUUCAUGAAGGGAAUGAAGGAAAUGUGGACAAUUCUUUAGAAAGCCCAAACAUAAUAACAGAUGGAUUCCUGUUACACGAUAAUUCUCCAGCUUUGAAUCAACAAAAUAAUUGUCUAGCAGGUUCUUCGUCCAAUAAUAACAAUAGUUCUACUUCGAGAAAUAGUAACAAUUUUUAUAAUCAAUACACGACAAAUACCUCUGGUAAUAACUUAGCUUAUCAACAAUAUACAAAUUCUUCUUCCUCAAUAACAACCUCAGCAUCAGCUUCAAACUCUGUUUCUUUUGUUGGUUUACAACAAUAUUCUACGAGCACUAAGAAUAAUAAUAGUAAUAAUAUAAACCCCAAUUAUAAAUUACUUCAAACUAAUCUUAUUCCAGGUAAUAAUAAUAAUAGUAAUCAUGGUAACUCUACCAUAAAUGGACUAAAUAUUGACUUAACUACUUUCCAAUCCCCUGUACAAAAUGUUAAUUAUCAAAAUAAUAAUAAUGCUCUUGCCUCAUUACAACAAAAUAUUGCAUGCUAUAACAACAACAAUAACAACAACAACAACAACAAUAAUAAUAAUAAUAGCAAUAAUACUAAUCAUUUAUCAUCGCAGCAAACCUCAAUUGUCACACCUUCUUCUCAACCAUUCCCGCAUUUGAACUUUGCAAAUAAUAGAGUAGCAAAACCUGUAACUGUAACACAUAACACUCCUAACCCAACCCUUAUGAUCAACCCUUCUUCUUAUUGUUUUGAAUGUCGCAGAUCAUUUUCCUCUUCUCAUCAUUUAACAAGACAUAGAAAAACAGUUCAUUUAAAUGAAAAGCCAUUUUCGUGUCCAAAAUGUGGCAAAAGAUUUAAAAGAAGGGACCAUGUUUUACAACAUUUAAAUAAGAAGAUCCCAUGCUCAACUGAAAAUUUGAUUCCAAAUCCAAAUUCUAAUACAAACUCUUUUGAUUUCUGA